AUGAUUUUCGUUCAAAACCUCUUGAAUGUAUUUGUGAGUCUGUCUCUGCUGAGAAUCUCUGCGUCUACUGUGGAACGAGUGCCUCAGCUCAGUCUGUGGGGGAAGGUGGUCGACUUCAACAAUGCGAUCAGCCACUGGAAGCUGAAGCCCCACGUCUCCAUCCCCGCCCUGCAGGAGCUCACCGUCUGCCUCAGUCUGAAGUUCGAGGUCCAGGCCACAUUACCAUGGACCGCCUUCAUGUACCGUCAUCCAGACGCUCAGUAUACUGAGCUGGGCUUGGGGGGUCGGCCGGACUAUUUGGUGGUCUGGCUUUUUGGGAGAGAGUGGAAGAGUCCUCAGAUCAAUCUUAGUCUGUCUCAGUGGUACUCGCUGUGUCUCGCCUGGUCCCACACCAAAGACAAGCCUGCCCUUUACAUCGAUGGCCAACUGCUGGACAUGACGGCAGCUCACCCCAGCGACACCUGUCCCUCACCUCCCCCCUCGUGCCACAAACUGGCUCCCAACGGGACGCUCACUCUGGGUAUAGCGCACCGCCUGACCAAUGGGCACAUCCAGGUCAGUCCGUUCACCGGCCCAGUGGGCAAAGCGUCUCUGUUUCGACUGUGGCAGCGAGAGCGCAGCCAACAGGAGGUGACGUCUGUGAACUGUACAGACGGGGACGUGUUGAAGUGGGAGAGGGACAACUGGGACACUCUGCUGGGAACCGAGCUGUCCAGCUCCAGCCUGCAGUGCGAAUGGUCUUGUUACGAAGUGAGACUGAUGUUUGCCAUCAUCUGUUACGAUGGGCACAAUACUGAGGUCUACACGGCCAGAGACAUCGCACAUCACUGGCUCAGAGACGUUCUGCCGGAGAGCAUCUAUUUACACAGAGUGUCUGUGUUUGAAGUAAACAGGUUUCACUGUCUGGUUCAUAUAAGUGUGAUUCCCAGCUUGGACGUGGCAGCUGUUCAAUAUGAGAUGUACGUGGAUCUGAGGGUCCCCUACCAGCACAUCAGUGGUCUGCAUGUGCAGGCUGAGGAGGACACUAUACACACCACACCUGUUGAAAGCUUCUCCACAGACACCACCAUUCCCCCUGAUGUGGUCCCAGGAGCAACCACCCAGGCUACGACCACAACCAGAACUUUACCUCUGAACACCACACUUAAGACCACAACCACACCACAGACCACCGGCACCAAAAGUACCUCGGCUAGUGCGGCCACUGAAGCUAUCGCCACAACAAGCCCGGCAAUCAUCUCCGAGUUGUAUUUUGACGUAAAGGUGAACGUGUCCAUAACAGGAAACCCUGACGCUGAACAGAUUCUUUCCACUUGGCUCGUCUCUUGUCUACCUGAUGACAUGACAGUGCUCAACCUGCAGCUGCUCCCCAAAGCUCAAAGAUAUUAUCCUGACCCACAGUCAAACCUCACUGCCUCUGAUAGAAAGUCCAAACGCAGCAUUUCCAGAGAGAGUUGUGUUUUCCAGGUUCAGGUUAUGAUGUCGCCCUCAGACACACAGGAAAUGGAGAAGCAGAUACGAGACCUGCUGUUAAUGCCUUAUAACAAUGGCUCCAUCACUGUAGAGACCAAGGACGUAAAGAUAAGCCGCAUAUACAAAAGAAGUAGUAAUGCAAAAGCCCCCCCCUGCUUGUGUGACAGUAAGCUGAGCCUCAGUACCCACUGGAUGACCCCCGACCUGGAAGACUGUUCUCCAGUGGUGGAAACCAUCCCUGAUCUGGACCAUGUCCAAGUCACCGCUGACAACUCUCUGGAAGUGGUGGAGAUGAUCAAGGAUUUACUCCGCGACCACUCCACCAUCAGCUACAACGAGCUGGUCACAGUCCUCAACAAGCUGGAGGACAUAGUGAACGUGAGUGUGGUGACAACAGAUCUUGGCCAAGCUCUGAUCAACAUCAUCUCUGACAUACUGGAGUCUGACAGCAACCUGCUUCCUUUCACCAACACGAUCCUGAACAUCACAGAGGCGGUGGGAGACAGGAUGGUGGGCUACGAGGGCUUCUACACACUGGUUGCUCCGGCCAUCGCCAUCUCAGUGGUGGACGUAGAUCCUGACCAGUUCGGCACUUUGACUUUCGGCGUGUUGUCUGAUCGCGUAGGGUCAACUCCUGAGAUUUUUAUCAACAGGUGUCCCUCUAACAGCACAGUGGCCUUCAUCUCGCUGCCGCCAGUCCUGCAGCACAGUUUCCCACAAGGCGACCAGAGCCCACCGCGAGUCCAAUUUCAGUUCUAUGGUUUACCCAUGCUCUUCAAGAGCAGCGAACAGGAUCGGACCCUCAACUCCUUUGUGGUGUCAGCCAGCGUGACCAACACCAGUUCCCCCAUCAAAGACCUAGAGGAAGAUGUCCGAGUCACUCUUCAUCAUCUUAUACCCACAACACUUCACGACCAUGUAAAGUGUGUUUACUGGAACUUCAAUAAAAACGACGGACACGGAGGCUGGGACGAUUACGGCUGCAGAAAAUACAACAGCAGCUCUGACUACACAACGUGUCUGUGCGAUCAUCUCACACACUUCGGGGUUCUCAUGGAUGUCUCUCGGACUCCGCUGGACCCGGCUAACGAGCAGAUCCUGACCAUUAUCACCUAUGUCGGCUGUGGAGUCUCAUCGCUGUUCUUGGGGAUCACUGUUCUCACCUACACAGUUUUCGAGAAGCUUCGUCGAGACUACCCCUCUCAGAUCCUCAUCAACCUCUGCCUGGCGCUGCUGGGCUUGAACCUGGUGUUCCUGGUCAACUCCUGGUUGUCCUCUUGGGGUCUGCGCGCCCUCUGUGUCACUGCAGCCGCCGCGCUGCACUACUUCCUCCUGGCCUCCUUCACCUGGAUGGGGUUAGAAGCCGUCAACAUGUACUUUGCCCUCGUCAAAGUCUUCAACGUCUACGUGCCCUCGUACAUCCUCAAGUUCUGUGCUGUGGGAUGGGGGCUUCCUAUGGUGAUCUGCAUCCUGGUGCUUGUCCUGAACAGAGAGGCCUACGGCAGUCACCUCUACACCGACACUCAGCCCAUAUUAGACAUACUAGACCAAUAUGACGACUUCUGUUGGCUGCAGGACAAUGUGACAUUUUACGUUUCCGUGGUCGCCUUCGCUGUGCUGAUCUUUCUCUUCAACACUGCGGUAUUUGUGGUGGUUUUGAUCCAGAUCCGCCACAUGCGAACCAACAGCCCAGCUGGGAUCCGCAGUGGGCUGAUGCAGGACCUGAAGGGAGUCGCCAGUCUCACCUUGUUGCUCGGACUCACCUGGACGGUUGGCUUUUUUACCUGGGGGCCGGCAAGAAUGGUUAUGCUGUACCUGUUCUCUGGACUCAACACCCUGCAAGGACUUUUCAUCUUCUUCUUUCACUGUCUGAUGAAGGAGAACGUCAGGAAGCAGUGGAGGAUUCACCUCUGCUUCGGACGCUUUCGACUGGAGGAGUGUUCCGAGUGGAGCCACUCGGCCUCGGCUGGAGUUGUGGCCAAACCCGACUCAAAUCCUCCGAGAGCAUCGGUGCCGUCGGCCCACUCGGUCAAGUCCAGCUCCACAGAAAGCACGUCCGCUUCCUCCGACUCCAGCCAGAGGGACUCGUCCUGCAAGAGGCCGAAUCUAGGCCUUUUUGUGAAUCCCCCGAUUCUUCCUCGAGCCCAGAGAAGCCCGGCUCGUGCAGGAGGCCCCGCUGCUCAGAGGGAGAUGAACCCGACACCUGGCUGGAGGAAUCACCUGCUCGACCAGCGAGCACAAAGAUAAAACACAGUUACACGUCGACAUGACACAACUACCAAAAAAAACCAGCAGCUUAAACGCAGAGAUGUGUAAUCAGUGUAGAUACAUUUAGCCAAAAAGCACCAUUGUAUUCCAUCUUCAUUGGAUCAUUUUACAAUACUAUUCUACUGUUUUUUGCUAAAUAUUAUAAAAGAGCCUAUAAUUAUGAAGACAUGAGUGGUUGCAUCAAUUCCAAGGAGGAGUUGGUUGCCAAGCAACUGGUGAGUGGAACCAUGGUGACAAUGAACCCAGAGUCUGGAAGAAAAAAAUAAAAACACACAAUUUUGAAUUCAAGAUGACGCAAAUCUCCCCAUGUUCCUUCCUCUAUUGUACUAUGUAGUUCACAUUAAACUAAAUAAUUAUGCUACAAUCAUACAGCAAUUAUUUGAUGAAAUGAUUGUAAUGCUGUUUUUCUGACUUGUGUGUGUUCGCUCUGGUCUC